GAGCACUCAAGUUGUUUUAUCGCGGUACGAAUUUGGUCUCACGCAACCAAGGUCUUCGGUGCUUCACACUAGAUGCAGGUCGCAGAUUCAUUGUUAUAAUAUAAAUGUUUCACUGUUCAAGCGCUCAACAUUGACAUUCAAUAUUCAUUGGCGACCAACUCACUGCGCAUCUGAAGCCUCUUACAAGGUAGCUACCAAAUAUCUGGGCCCCUUCACAUUGAUGCUGGAUUCCAACGCCUUUGAUCAGGUUGAUGGAAACAGUGGUCUUCCCAUAUCGUACGGAGAUGUAACAACCUUACAGGUCGCGAUACACGGAACAUUAGCGACGCAGAUGCACCGCGAGCUGUACAACACAGCUCACCACACUGAAGAGACUUCCACCGGGAAUGUGUCCCUUCCUCUUGUUUUUGUAUAAGCUUCGUUAGAGACGCAACCUAACUGAUUGAAGA